AGAGAAAAGAGUUUUAAGAAAGGAGGAGAAAUGGGGCAGGGGCAGAAAGGUUCCAAAGACAAGAAGGAGGGCAAGAAGAAGAAGAGGGAUGAAAGCCCAGCGCCAGAGGACGGCAAUAAGUGCAGAGUCUGUCGUUUCCCUCUGCUCGUCGCCCUUUUCCAGCUGCUGUUGGGGGUGGCCGUCACAGUCGUGGCCUUCCUUAUGUUGGCCACCAGCCCCUCACUCCUGGCCAGGGAGACGCCACACUGGGCUGGAAUCAUUCUGUGUCUGGUUUCCAUCCUGGGCUUUAUCCUGUACUGUGUCACCUACCACCCUGAUGAGAGAAACUCCUUGCAAUUCAUUGUCAAGCUCCUGUACUUCAUCCUGUGUACUAUCGGCCUGGUCAUUUCAGUGCUGGCUAUGGCGUUUGCUGGACACCACUACUCACAGACCAGCAGCUUCAACUGUGAGCAGAAGGGCGAGGACUGCGUGUGCAAACUGGAUCAGAAUGACCCAAUAGCGCGCACCUUCACCUACGAGGGAGUGAGCGACUGCGAGGUGAUCACCGGGACGCUCACAUUCUACUUCCUGCUCCAGAUUGUGCUGAACCUGGUCCAGGCACUCGUGUGUGCCGUCGGUGCCUUCAUCAUGUGGAAGCACCGUUACCAGGUGUUUUUCGCCGGCCUUCAGAUCGGCUCUCCCUCCUCCCAGCAGUGGCAGAAGGUUUAACACGAUGAUGAUGACAGAGUUAAUGGGAUGACUCUGAUCAGUCAGAUAAUGCCAACAGUGUGACUGCACUCUGAGGGAUGGGGACAUUUGCCUUUUUGACGUGUGCCUAAGUGUGUUUUCUUUGAUGUCAGUUUAUAUUAACCUUUUGUGCUACUUGUACUAUAUUGGAUUUUUGCACAGAUUUUGUAUACCAUAUAAGUAACUUUAUACUUCCAGUUGCCAAAGUAUAACUUGAAUAGAUGUAGAGAAGCAAAACAGCUGGUCUAUUUUUGAAAAAUCUAUAUAUUUGUGUUCCAAGAUAACUAAUUUUUCACAAUGUUUCCAAUAAUCUUGACAGUUGCUCUAAGUACAUACAGCGCAUAUACAGUUUCUAGACAAAUUAUAACACUGAAAACUGAAGUAGGUAAUUUCUUAUGCACUUAACAGCAAAAAUGUCCAGUGUUGUAAGAUUUCCAAGAUUUUGAUUUCCUGAGAUUUAAUGUCCAUGAUUAAUUGCUCCAGUGUUACUUUGGGUGGCACAAUGAAUCAUUGUGUUGUCAAAUUAUAGUUUGUAAAUGGUAAAUGACCUCAAGCUUACUUUUCACAGUUUUCACACAGUAUAAAUGUCAAAUAUUAUCUAAAUGCAGUACCAAAUAUUAUUAGGACAAGUUAAAAAAAAUAAUUCUCUAUCCGUUUUUGCUACUAAGUAGAUUUAUUCCAUGAGUAACCCUUUUCUGUUUCUUUUGCUUCUAUAUAAACAUAUGCAGCUCUGUAAAUACAGCAUAAUAUACUUGAUGAAAAAACAACAACAAAGUACUUUUCAGCUGAUAGAAGUAAUUCUCCAAAGAGUCCAAUUAUGCACACUAAAAACAGAUCCUGACAGCAGCAACACAAGCUGGGCAGGUUACACUCCAUGAGACUGGAUCCAGACUGAACUGGGCUGUGGCUUGCGAAGGUGGAUGCCAGGCCAGUAGCCAGCAUGACUCAAACAGCCUGUAGGAGUCAAACUACUGCAGCCACAAAGGGAGGGGGGAAGGGGCCGGGGUGAGGAAAGGGGGACUCAGACAGGCAGCUGGACAGAGCUAACUAAAUCAUCUCACUGUGUUUACAACGUUUCAGUUUAUUUCUUUCGCCCGGGACAGAGCAAAACAGACAAAACAACCUCAACAUUUUUAGAUUUGUAUUUUAAAAUGCUUUUCCCCAUGCAGAGGUUCAGUUUUAUUUUAUUCUUACUCUCAUCUCAGGGGCCGACAGCAGUUACCCACAGUCUAUACAAGCUGAGCAGGGAAUGGCAAACGUGAGGCAGUUUCUGCACCAAAUUAGAUGAACCACAUGCCCGGGGGAGAAGUGAAAUUAGUGUGCAAUGUUACAUCUAUUGUGUCAAUGAUGAAAAAGGUUAAUUGACUGGAGAUGAUAUUAAAAUACAGUUUACAGAAUGUGAUGUUUUUGAGACAGGGGGUUUUCAUUCAGGUGAAAAAAAAGUGCAUUUCCUUUUCAAUACUGUCAUACCAUGUGUGGUUACAAAUACAAAUCUUUGAUUCAGCUAUAUGCAGUUUCCUUUUUCCUGUUGUGUCAUCACUCAUGAGCAGUUAAUACGCAGAAAGAGUAAAUUCUGGUGAAAACUAGCUCAUAUGCAAAUUAAUGGAUUUGGUUUUUGGGUUGAUUGGAUUAUUAUAAAUAAAGACUGAAAAACUGAGCAGAAAGAGAAUCAGUGAGCAUCUCUAACUGUGAAGUCCUAACUAUGUUUUACCUAAACAUAAGGCCAGCGUAUCAGGGGAAAAUACACACUAUAAUAUUAUUUGUCAUCCAUAUAAAAUAUUUAUAUUUACAAACUCUCACACAACACCAAGCAGUAUUAUUUUGGUCUCACUUAUCUAGUCGAAUGCUCACUACUAUAACUAUAGAGUUUUUAGGAAUCCAAACAUAUGACUUGACUGAUCUGUGACAUCUCCAAGAGACAAAGCCAUCUCUGUCUGAGCCUGGUUAUGAUUUACUGAGAUCAUGACUGUUUAUACAAGAUUUAAACAAGUUAACUGUGACCGCUCACAGUCAUUAUACAUAUUUUCUAGGGCAGCACAUUUGAUAACUACCAUAAUUUUUAAAUGUAAGAAACAUUAUUUGUUCAGUGAUGAUGGAGCCCAGUUUGAUAACAAUGAGCAGAGAAUCAGCAGGAUGUUUAAAGAAGAAGUGUAUUAUCAUGGGAAUUAUUUAAUAGUUCUGUUUAAUGAUACCUCUCACACACUGUGGAAGCUCACACUGUACAUACAGCAUCUACAUGUGACGGAGGGCAGGCCCGUUUGCGGUGUUUUUCCAUGUGUUUGUUCAGUGUUAUUAUGUUGAUGCCUCAUGUGACUACAAAAGGCUCAA